AUGCACCGAUCGCACUCCUUCACAGGCGCGGCGAACCCGCAUAUGCAUCUCCUGCACAGAAUAGAACACCCGCUACUGUCACCCUCGGCCUCGGCGAAUCCCCCGCUAGCCUUCGUCCUCUGCACUGUUUCGCUCUUCCCAAUCGCGUCGCUAAAGGGCCGCCAGUCGCUAUUCGCAUGGCUGCUGAUCGCGUCGUCUCUCACGUGCCUCUUUUUCUUCUCCGGCUUUAAUCGCCUCCACCUGCGCGUCCGCUCCGCCACCUCCGCCGCCUCCUCCCGCGCCACCCCCGCGCCGCUGCCUCCGCUCACCCGCGAGGAGUAUUGCGCGUCCCCGCCCGCUGCGCGGAGCGCCUCGCGCGGAGAAGCUCCGGAGUCGGUGCUUCGUGGGUGGUCGGAGGGGAGCAGCGCCGACGGGCCUGCGCGGCUCCGGGGAAACUCCCCGAGGGGUGCGCCAUCGAGCAGAGCGAUGGACGCCGUUGGGGGGAUGGGAGAACGGCAACAAGGGAAGGCCCCGAUCUGCUCAAAGUGCAGAACGCUCCAGUCCGUCCUCAAGGCGGCCGUGCAGUCCGCUAUUAGCGCUGCUGCCGCCACCAACGGCGCUUCUGCAGGCGGCGGGGGCGGCAUGACCAUCGCCGACGACAUGGCGGCGGCGGGCGAGGAGUUCGCGGAGGACGCGGAGUCGGCGUCGCCCGCGCAGCUGCUGGCGCGCGCCGCGCGGCGGUCCGUGAUCGUGGUGUCGUUCAACGAGGCGUGGGCGCCCAUGAUGCGCUUCUUCCUCGCGCGCCUGCGCGCCGUCGAGCGCGCGGAGCGGAGCGCGCGCGAGCAGAGGAAGGCGGAGGGGGAGCGAAGGGGCGGAGAGGAGGGGAGGGGCGGAGUUAAUAUCCGGACGCGCGCAGGGGUUGAAGGGAUGGAGAGGGAAAGCGAGCGGAGGACAGCGGAGAGGUAUCAGACCGCGGGAGAUGGAGACGGGGAGGGGGAGGCGGGGGCGGAAGAGGGCGCGUAUAGCUCUGCGCUGGGUGAGCUGGUGGCGCGGCUGGUGGUGGUGGCGUACGACGACGCGAGCUUCGAGGCGUGCUGCGCGAUGGGGCUCAACUGCUACAUGGACUGGCAGGAGGACGCUCCUCACAGAGAGGACCUGGGCGGCGGACAGAAACACUUCAUGACGCGCGCUUAUAUACACCUGGUGUGGCGCAAGGUGGCGGUGGUGACAAGCAUGCUGGCGCUGGGCUACGACGUGCUCUUCACGGACUCCGACAUCCUCUGGCUGCGCAACCCGCUGCCGCUGCUCUGGCGCCGCCCACACGACCUGCAGAUGUCGGCUGACUGGUGGUCGCCCAACCCGCGCUCCGUGGUGGCCAACGGCGGGUUCUAUGCCGCCCGGGCCAACACGCGCACUCUGCGCUUCUUUCAAGACUGGCUCGCAUGGCACAGGAGGUGCCCACAGUUCCGCAUACAGCAGGUGUUCAACUGGAUCCGCCCCGAGGCCAACCCGUUCACGCGCGUGGGCUCGCGGCUGCUGUUGCGCUACCUGCACACCAACCAGUUCGGGGGCUUCUGUGAGAUGGGCCACUCGCUCUCCUCGCUGCUCACCGUGCACGCCAACUGCUGCCCGGGGCUCGGGAACAAGCUGCCCGUGCUCAAGCAGCUCGCGGCUGACUGGGACUUCUUUUCGGCGCUGCCCGUGGCUGCCCGGGAGGGGUUGGAGGAGCGGGGUUUUGAGUGGAAGGGGCGGAACUGCUCAACGAACUGGAACACGCUGCCCCGCGACACCCCCGUGGAAUCUUCUUAA